AUACAUUGAUUGCAUUCGUUUCCCAUCUCCCUUCUAGUUGUAAACGAGGUGACCAUGGAACCUCCUCAGUUUUCUAUGAAUGUUGCAGGUUUACGUGCAAUGCUUGAACAAGACUCCCUAGGCAGAUCUCACCAUCCCUCUCAUAAACGGAUACAAGAACUCAUUACAAGUCUCCCUAAGAUCUCAGAAACCGAGCUUAAAGACUUGGGACAUUCUGAAUCAGUUUGCCCCAUAUGUUUUAAUACAUUCUUGGCCAUCCUGGCUGAAGAGGAAAUGGCACUCGUGAUGGACUCCCCCGCGCAUCCAGUAGAGGAACUAGGCGUGACUAGGCUCCAGGAAACAUGCGGGCAUAUGUUCUGCCGAAGAGAUAUCACGAAAUGGAUACGAGACGGUCGCAAGUCUUGCCCCACUUGUCGCAGGGCUUUCCUAACGACCGGCGCGGGUGAUACUGACCAGCGUGAGACGGGAGAGACUUCUCUGCCAGAUGAUUUUACUGAGUGGAUUGUUGAGAGCUCGAUGGUUGCCAGAGAAUCUGGCGGCGCAGGCUUGCUGCCCAUCCUGGGCGUCCCCUCGAUGGCGAUAGGUGGUCGUCCAUCUGCCCAGCAACGGGAAAGUCGAGAUGAAUUUUCUGGGAUGUACUCGUAGCUUUGUAUUACAUGCAUUCCUUGCUCAAAUUGAGAUUAAACC